CGUAAGACUGCGUCAUUCGUGGACCAUCCCUCCGUGACGGUACCAGGCUUUAGGAUAACCACAGGCAACAGGAGAAGUUCCACACAGCUCCUGAACAUGGCUCUAAAUCGGAAUCAUUCUCAAAACGGAGGAGUUUUGAUAAACAACGGAGAAACUGUCUUAAGGCAAUGUAAGAAUGUGGAGCUAUCAUUCAGUGAUGUCGCCUGCAAGACUGAUCUGCUGAAGGGGACCAAGAAAGGCACCAUUUAUCUAACACCAUACAGGUUGGUGUUCGUGUCCAGUAACAACAAGGACUGCUUAGGCUCAGCCAUGUUCCCCUAUUAUCUGAUGAAGGGCUGCAGCAUUGAGCAGCCAGUGUUUGGAGCCAACUACAUUAAAGGCACCGUGACGGCUGAGGCAGGCGGUGGCUGGGAAGGUCAGGCUCAUUUCAAGAUGUCGUUUCCCAGCGGAGGAGCCAUUGAGGUGGGACAGCAUCUUUUCAAACUGGCGACAAAUGCAUCUCGUGCUGCUCCGCCCCAGAACGGCGCUCCUGCUUAUGGUUACCCUUCACCUGGAAUGGUGAAUGGGUAUGGUCCACCUCCAUUUGCUCCUAACGGCUAUCCUUACCCACCCCCGCCCCAGCAGAAUGGAUUCUACCAAGGUCCUCCUCCUACUGCUCCUGGGAAUAUGGGCUACCCUUAUCCAACUGCGGCAGCAGGAAUGUACCCGUCUGGAUUAGACUACAUGGCUCCACCCCCACCUUACCCUGGGCCACCCCAGAACUAUGCUCCCUCUCCUCAGAACUGGAGCGCUCCCCCACCUCCUGCAGGUAACUCAAAGGCGGCUGAAGCAGCAGGCAAUGCUUAUUAUAAUCCCAGCAAUCCCCACAGUGUCUACAUGCCUGCGGAGCGGCCUCCACCGUACGCACCUUAUCCCAACUCCCCCGACAAGAAGAAAGACUGAGACUCCGACCAUCACCUCUGUGGCAUUCCUCUUGCUUCCUACCUGAUCCAAAUUAGAUUCCGAAGCGAUCAAUGUUGAUGGAAAACUGCUUGGUUGAUUUACAAAGUGAAGGAUAUUGGCACAGAGCUCAAAGAUGUCAGUAAUUCUUUUAACAUACAAUGAGUGAUAUUUUUGGAACAUCAGUCAGUUAAAAUGCAAAAGUGUCUUCAAACCUAUGAUAAUAAAUCUUACACUCUCAGCAAGGAAAACUACUAUUUUCUGAUUGUCUAACACCAAAGCAGUCCUGUUUUUGUAAAAUCCGAAGCAGUAUAAACACAUAAAAAUUCCUGGGGAAAACAUUCUCCAUCUGAACACCAUUUUCUCAGCAUCUUAGUAAACACUGCGUGCGAAUUAUUAUUUUUAUGUUUGUUUUUGUGUGUAUAAAUAUAAAGCAAAUAUCCGCAAUUUUUCUUCAACUAGCAGGAGUGUUUCCUGGCGCUCAUUAACUUUAGAUUUUAAAUAGCUUGAUUAAUUUGAUGCUCUUUUUCCUAUAACUAAAUAUUUCUCUAACAUGGUUAAAGUUAAAAAUAAGAAGUGCAAUGUUUGGGGUUAAAGAGAAAAGUCAGAUUUCAUAUGAUAUGAUGCGUUUAUGUGCAAUCUGUGAUUUUCGAUGCAAAGAUGAGCUGUGACCAGAACUCCACUCCUUCAGUAAUUAACUAGUCUGAGCUGAUAGAACCACAGUGAGUUAUUCAGACUUAUUACUGACAUUGAUUUUUCAGAAUGCGAAGCGUUUGUUGCAUAUUGAGAGUGGAGGAUGUAUCUCAAUUAGCGUGCAGCAGUUGCAGUUUUAUGGAUUAUUUGCACACAAACAUCUUGAGUAGAUACUUUACCUUAUUUAAUCAAAUGUCUGUAUUUUAAUACCUUUUUUGGAGUUCUUCCUUUUUCUGCAGAAUUUUGUUUCAGUUUAAAAUCUAAUAAAGAAGUCACUUAUUAAA